AUCUCACUUUUAACUCGAACCCACCGCUACUGCUACUUUUAAUUAACUUUCAGCACGCGCGCGUGUGCGUGUUUAUAGGAGGGUUUCCCCUCAGUAGUGCACGUGCGUCCACAAAGCGAGAGAACACGGCUCGCGCUCGGCUUCUCAGUUUUUAGCCCUGCAGUGAACCGAGAGAGAGAGAGAAAGACAGAGAGAGAAGGGAGAGAGAGAUACUCCGUGGUUGCUUCCGGCUUCAAGCACUCAGACAAACAGCGCUUUACUACGAGCAGCGAGGUGUCGAGCAACACAUGACAACAGAAACCUCACCAGAAAGUGCUUAUCCUGAGAGCAAAGCCGUGACGGGAAUUCAACUGGACCGACUCUGAAAUGCUUUAAAGUCUUCUUCACCAACAACCAGAUGCUCACAGAAGAAAGGGACAUUUAAAGUUUUUUUCUCCUGUUGAAGAGGGUUUUUUAAUUGGUUUUUUGGUGAAAAGGCGUUUGCGUCGAAGUUGGUUCAUGGAAAAAAGUCAAACCGCACGAGACAGGAGUAGAGACUAGUGUUGCCUUUGUGCGUUUGCUGUUGCGAGUGUCACACUCAGAGACAGCGAAGACUCAUCAUCGAGAUAUUGCUGCUGGUGAUGACCGUAAUAUCACAGACUGAUUAAAGUGUCCCGCAGCAGCUUUGGAGAGGACGGGGCUGAGCGCUGGGUACAGAUUUUCUGUGACUAUAUGCAGAGGAACCGCUGAAAGCUGAUCUCCAGACCUCCCUGCAGCUUCAGGGGAGCUUGUCAGAUGUGUACCCAGCACUCAAAGCCCCUGGCUUGGCCGCGGGGAUGGCAGCCUCUGCCCUGAACCUAAACGGAGUCAUGAACAGUGGUAAUCAGUUUCACACCCAGCCAGGCUCCUCUAGUGCCAGCUCUCGAGCCCGAAUCACACCAGCUGCCCGACCUGUGCUGCCAGUUCCAGAUCGGAGCACCUACUGCCAGUUACUGGGAGGAGGUCUCUACAGCCCAACAAGUCCACAGACAAGCCCUCGUGGCUUGGGUCAAACCUUUAUCUUCCCUUCUUCACCCUUGCGCUCACCUAGCCCCACACCUCGCGCUCGCUCCCCCUCGCCGCGAAGCCCGGAGCUCCUAGGAGUCAAUGUGGGCCAGCGAGUCCGACGCCUGAGCUCGCCUGGCGGUGAAGAUAGAGGGGACGAAGACGGCCACGAGGAGAGGGGAGGAGAGACAGGAGGAGGAGAGAAGCGAGAGGAGAGGAGACGCCAAGCGCAGCUGCUGCAGAUCCACAGAGAGCUGCAGAACGUUGAGGUGAGGGGAAAAGUUGGCAUUUUCGAGGCCCACAUUUCCGGGAUCCGUGCCCAGGUACUUAAUAGUGAGCUCCAGCGCAGCCCUCGGUCUCCCAGACGAGUGACUCAACAAACUCCUUCUGAUCCUGGUAAAGGAAACACAGCUCUGGAUCACCUAAUGACCCACCCACAAGAAAUUAAAGCCCCCUCUGUUGUCCAAAAUGGGAGAGAAAGGGAUGAAGAAACAAAGGAAGGAGAAAGAAGAGAAGGAGGAAAGAGUGAUGGUGAGAGGGACAGCAGCGGCACUAAAUCAAAUACAGACAACAAGACACUGAUUAAACAAAAUGACUGCCUUUCAGAAACAACAAAGCAAACUCCCUCUUUAGACGGACUGUUUGAUAAAGGUUUUCUUGAGACAUUUGAUAAAGAUCGAAUGACAGACACAGAGAAAAAAGAGGGAGAAGUACUGAGGGACAUGGAAGCAGAGAGCAAGCAAAUGUUGGGAGAUGGAAGAGAUCUGAUGGAUCAGAAAGAGGACCUGUUGUGUACUAAAAUGCUGCUCCAGCCAGAAGGACACACGUUGGAGGUUAACCCUGAAAUGUCCCAGGCACAAAGCAGCGAGAGCACCCCUUGUUUGCUCGACAUGAUCGAGCACACCUCAAACCACUCUUCCAUCCCUGCCGUCAUAGUAACUGACCAUGGUUUGGAAAACCAGCCUCAAACUUCUGAAGGCUCCUGCUCAGACCAGGGGCGAAGCUGCUCGCCUAGCCCCAGUUCUAGCCCCGUGCCAAACUCCACUCGUUCUCUCAGGAAGCUGUCAUCGUCCUCUGCCUCCUCAGCCGGUUUCUCCUCUUCGUGGGAGGAGUCGGAGGAGGAUAUUUCCAGUGAUACAGAGAAAGGAGAACAGCUUCUCAACCCUGCAUUCCUCAGUUCUCAACAGAAAGCACACAAGUCUUGGAAGAAGAUUAAAAACAUGGUCCACUGGUCGCCGUUUGUCAUGUCCUUCAAGAAGAAAUAUCCGUGGAUUCAACUGGCAGGGCACGCAGGGAGUUUCAAGGCGGGAGCAAAUGGACGCAUAUUAAAAAAACACUGUGAAUGUGAGCAGCGCUGCUUGUCCCUCCUGAUGAAGGACGUGCUUCGCCCCUACGUCCCUGGUUACCAUGGAGACGUAGAGAAAGACGGCCAGAAAUACAACCAGAUGGAGGAUCUGCUGGCGGAGUUUGACUACCCAUGUGUGAUGGACUGUAAGAUGGGAGUAAGGACCUACCUUGAGGAAGAGCUGACCAAAGCUCGCAAGAAACCCUCUCCAAGACCUGACAUGUAUCAGAAAAUGAUUGAAGUCGAUCCUGCUGCGCCUACAAUUGAGGAAAAUGACAAGAAGGCAGUGACCAAACCCAGAUACAUGCAGUGGAGAGAGACUAUUAGCUCAACAGCAACCCUGGGAUUUAGGAUAGAAGGGGUCAAGAAGGAGGACGGGACGGUGAACAGAGAUUUUAAGAAGACAAAGACGAGAGAACAAGUUACCGCGGCCUUCCACGACUUUGUAAAAGGAAACAAGGAUAUACUGAAUAUUUAUCUGUCCCGGCUGCAGGAAAUAAGAGCCACUCUGGAGAUCUCCCCAUUCUUCAAAACUCAUGAGGUGAUCGGCAGUUCCUUGUUAUUCGUUCAUGACCGUAACGGACGGGCCAAAGUCUGGAUGAUUGACUUUGGGAAAACCACACCUCUCCCCGAGGGGAAGGAACUGACCCACCGAGCUUCCUGGGUGGAGGGGAACAGAGAAGACGGCUACCUUUUUGGACUCGAUAGUUUGCUGGAUAUCAUUUCAUCCAUGGUGAACUCAUAAAGCUUGGGAGAUUUCCUUUAGUCAAGAUCGGACACACAACCGCUUCAACUCAUUCGUCAGUCCUCUGGGGAACACUUCUGGGGACCUCCUCAAGAACUCUUUCACAGACACUUGUUCUCAUGUUGGAAACACAAUUAUUAAAAAACCAAAACAUGGCCGGAUCCAUACAUAACCUUCGGAACGUCGAAAGUUUAGUCCUCUAUUUUGUUGUCCUCACCUUCUUAAGAGGUCUUAAUAGUGCAUUUGACAGAAAAAGCACAAGUGGAACUCAUGACAUUAAAAACGUCUCAGUUCCUCAUAAACCAGAAAACACAGUAUCAUUAACGUUCUCUGUUACACCUGAGGUUUUCUGCUAAACGUUACCAUGUAAAAGAUCGAAUUUUAUAGCUACAAAGGCCCCUAAAACAUUUUUAACUAAAUGAAUUCUCAGUUUUUAAAGAAUUAAGGAUCUAUCUAUCAAUUUAAUUUUUUUAAAGGUGAUUUUCCAUAUCUCUGUGCUCUGAAUGAAUUCCCCUUAAAGGCCGGCAUUAGUUACAUGCUACUUUCUCUUUCAGUACUUCCAGACUGGACAAGAGCACAGAGAAAAUUCUUAUGCCCUAAAUCUUUCUGGCUUUGUUCCUUUAAAUUGUGGUUAUUGCUACAAGAAUUUACAUAAAUAUAUGAUAAAGAGGGUUUUCCUUUUGUGUGAGGAAUGUGAGGAAUUUAAAAAUGUCUGACGUUGGCGCCCCCUGGUGAAGGUUUUAAUUUUUUUUCCCAGUUGUUUGAAAGAUGCUGUAAUCACAUAAUAACUGUAGUGGCUUUAAAAAUGCCCACAUUUCACCUUUAAAGCAUGAUUUGGCUGUAGUUUAAGAUAAAUUGCUUUUCUUCUUAACACAGUUAAGGUCAGUUUCAAAGGAUUUUCUUUUUACACGUUUGACCACAACUUCAUCACAUUGCCAUUCCUUUCAAAAUAUUUCCUUGAUUACACUUUCAAGUAGUAGGAAUUACACAGUUAAGAGUGUUUUUACUCAUCAGAUCACAGUUUUAAGAUGUGUGGAAAGAAUAAAAGUAGUAGUUUUAGCUGCUUCACUCUUCAGAAUGAUCCAUCACACACAAAGCCUUAGAGAGGAUUUGGAUCAUGCUCACAUUAGUUUCAGUGGCAGCCUUGCCAGUUAUUGCUGGAUUAUCCACAAUAAUCCGGCAAUAACUGGCAAUCAGGUCGAGCUAAACAAUUCAUCUCACAGCAGAGACAGUAAUGUGACAGAGGACAUUGUUUCAUAUGUAACAUAACUUUAGUUCAUUUUACUUCAGUGGCCAAACACUUAGCACCCUUCUCACUCUGUACAGUAAGAUUUAUUUUGUUUGAUGUAGUUUUAACUUUUUUCAAUUUUUUUUUAUUGUAACAUUAUUUUAGUUGACUCCUGUUGAACACUUAACAGCCAUGAACAAUCUUAUUUAAGCUAAACAGUGCCUUAACAUUACAAAUCCAAGUCAGACGAGUGAAAAUCUGUUCUUUCUUUUUAAGCGUCGGUUUGCUCUUAGUCUUAAAUGUGGGCUUCUGUGCUUUAGUCUCUCACGGGUGCAUGUUUAUUAUCCCCUUGAAAGGUUUGUUCUUAAGUUGUAGCUUGUUCUGUUUCUAUUUAAAUCUUUGUUUUAAAUCACUGGAUACUAUGACAUUUUGAAUUUUAUGACUGUUUUGGGGUUUUGUCCUCAAGCUUGUGUUACAUUAUGAGUGAAAAUCAAACUAGGCAGACUGCUGACAUUGUGGACAACCUGAGGAUAUUUUAGAGAAAAGGUUUAUAGUAUUUGACUAAGUGAACCAUGUACUCCUGAGGGGGAAUACCAUCAUACCAGAUAAGGACAAAAGAGAAAAAAUGUCUCAUAAUGUAACACAUUCAUGAUGAAAAGUAAAACUUAAACAGUUUGUGGGUUUUUACUGUACCAUGAAUUUAAAAUGCCAUGGUUUUCGGUUCAAGUUUGCAGUGAACGUAGAUGAGGAAAGAGACUACAAUCCUAAUGCAGUGCCUUCUUAAAGAAAUAGUUGGGCAUGUGGGGAAAUGCUGUUAUGUAGUUGAGGAAGAGAUGGACACCACUCUCUGUCUGUGUGCUAAAUGUGAAAAUAUCUACCAGCAGUUGGCUAGUGUAGCUUAGCAAAAAAACUGGAAAUAGGGGAAAAUGUUCAUUGGUUAAACAAACAAGAUUAAGAUAUAACUUGUGUGUUUGUAAGCUUUAGAUGUUGCCGUUUUUGCACAGGGAUGAGACGAGCUGUUCUUUUUCCUUUUGCUAAGCUAAGCUAACUAGCUGCCAAAAGGGCCAGCAACUAUUCCUUUAAGACCAUCUAAACUAUUGCUUUUGCUCCCCUAUGUGCACCUAAAGUCAUUUGUAAGUAGGCAUCCUAUUGUUCUGGCUUUGCCGGCUUCUGUAUUUAUUUGGGUUGUUCCUUUAAAAAAUGAAUUUUUGGUGAAAGAAAAA